AUGCGUGAAAAAUAUGGCAAUAUAUGGCUUCUAUCUCGAUAUCAAGUUAAUAAUGAAGAUGAACCAGAGAGUAAUACUUCCUUCAUCCUAUUACAAACUAGUGCUGACGAUGAUUUAUUAUUAAUGUCUGAUUUGCAUGAAAAAUAUUCGCAGUUAGAAGUAAUUUCCAAGGAAGUGGAGUAUUUGAGAGAAGAAAAUAAAUUUCUAGCAACUGUAAACUCUGAGUUCAACAAUAAAAAUAAUACAUUAACAAAGGAGAAUAAAGAAUUGAUAAGUAAAUUCGAAAGAUUCCAAAAAUAUCAGUUACCUGAUAAUAAUUUAGAUGGUGUUAGCAUCGAUAAUGAAAAAGAAUUAUCAACAGAAGACAGUUUGGAAUCGUCUUAUAAAGAACAAGAUAAUUCAUCUUAUGACACUGAUAUUGAAAGAAAUUUGGAAGAACAAGAGCAUGAUGUGGCAAUAUUAACUAAUAAAGAAACUAGUGAAGAAGGAACACCCAAUUGUGAAACUCUUUGA